GUAAUUUGAUACUCAGAUGCCUGGAUUGGCUAUCGCGAUUAUUGACACUUCGAGAAGCCUCGUUCAGUCUACAAAACUUGUGCAUUGAACCAUAACGAAAUUAGACUAGUGCGGAGGGCAAGCUUGCAAACUUUUUCGUAUUUAUUGCUUGUACAUUCAGUAUGAAGCGGUUCUGCUCAAAAGUUGUAAUUGUUACAGGAGCUUCCAGUGGAAUAGGAGCUGCCACGGCUAUAGCAUUUGCAAAAGAGGGGGCCAGGUUGGCAAUAUGUGGAAGAAAUAUAGAAAGACUGGGUGAAACUUCCAACAUAUGUAAAGAACAUGGAGCUGAGGUUCUUGAAAUUGCGGAAGACUUAUCUGAAUUCUCAAAUAUUGAAAAUAUCAUCAAUAAAACAAUAGAAAAAUAUUCCGCAAUCGACGUACUUAUCAACAACGCAGGUCGAACACUGCGAGGACCCAUUGCCGAGCUCGAAGUUAAGGAUUUUGAAAGUCUUUAUCGAACUAAUCUACGAGCGCCUGUGUUUCUAUGCAAAUAUGCCUUGCCACACCUAAAGGAAACAAAGGGUUGUGUUGUGAACGUGUCGAGUGUGUCUGGUAUGAAAAUAUGGCCAAGGCAGAACAAUGUUCAUUAUGGAAUGUUGAAAUGUGCGUUGGAUCAUUUUGCUAAGGGGUUUUCUGCAGAGUGUGCCCCUUUCGGCGUUCGAGUCAGCAAUAUUAAUCCAGGAUUUGUUGAUACUGGAAUAUUAGAAAGACAGAAUAUACCAAAGGAAGUUGUUGACAAGUGCGUUGCAGAUUUUGAAAAGACUCAUAUUCUUGGAAUCAUGAAGCCAGAUACAAUCGCAGAUGGGAUAUUGUUCUUGUGUUCUUCUCCCCAUAUUACUGGAAUAACCCUACCUAUCGACUCCGGGUCACUCAAUGCAUAGAUAAAAAAAUAUUUGCAAUAAAAAAAUAUGUAAUUAAAGAAUAUGUUCAAAGAUGAGAGUUUUGACAAUUUG